AUGUUCUCCCGUCCAAAAUAUGACAUGCUGUCAAAAUACCAAAAUAUGGUAAGAAAUCGUACGGUAGCCGGUCCCGACAGAAUAAGACCGGAACACCUGGCGAACCUUCCGCCAGUACUCAUCAACACGCUGGCGAGGCUCUUUACACUUUACCUGUCGGAAUGCAAGGUUCCUAAACAGUGGAAGACCAGGAAGACCGUGUUGUUGUAUAAAAAGGGAGAUCCACAUGACAUCGGCAACUAUCGCCCAGACUGCUUACUGUCCGUCAUCUACACGCUCUUUACAAGAGUGAUCCUCAAUAGGAUUGAAAAAGUCUUGGAUGAAGGACAGCCGUGUGAGCAAGUAGGGUUUCGAAAAGGAUUCAGCACGAUUGACCACAUUCACACUGUUUCGAAACCAUUAUGGCCUUUAGCCUCGAAUUCCGGACGAUAA